UUUUUUUUAGUUUAAUACAAUUUUUUAGUAAAAUGAAGAAGUGGAUGGACAUGUCAAAUCUACCACAAGAAUUUCGUGAACGUAUAGAAAGGCUAGAGAGAAAUUUUGAGGUGUCUACUGUAAUAUUCAAAAAAUAUGAGCCAAUUUUUUUAGAUAUAUUUCAAAAUCCAUAUGAAGAACCACCAAAGUUACCACGAAGCCGGAAGCAGAGGUAAUUUUCGGAUGAUUGGGGAUGACUUAGUAAACUCUUAUCAUUUACUUCUGUGCUGCUUGGAUCUGAUUUUUGCCAAUGCGAUUAUGUGCCCAAAUAGACAAGACUUGCUAAAUCCAUCAUUUAAAGGUUUACCGUCUGAUUUUCAUACUGCUGACUUUAGGGCCUCUGAAGAGCCGCCCUGCAUCAUUGCUGUACUGUGUGAACUGCAUGAUGGACUUCUAGUAGAAGCAAAAGGAAUAAAGGAGCACUACUUUAAGCCAUAUAUUUCAAAACUCUUUGACAGGAAGAUAUUAAAAGGAGAAUGCCUCCUGGACCUUUCAAGUUUUACUGAUAAUAGCAAAGCAGUGAAUAAGGAGUAUGAAGAGUAUGUUCUAACUGUUGGUGAUUUUGAUGAGAGGAUCUUUUUGGGGGCAGACGCAGAAGAGGAAAUUGGAACACCUCGAAAGUUCACUGGUGACACCCCAUUAGGGAAACUGACCGCACAGGCUAAUAUGGAGUAUAACCUUCAACAACACUUUGAAAAAAAAAGGUCAUUUGCACCUUCUACCCCUCUGACAGGACGCAGAUAUUUACGAGAAAAAGAAGCAGUCAUUACUCCCGUUGCAUCAGCCACCCAAAGUGUCAGCCGGUUACAGAGUAUUGUGGCUGGUCUGAAAAAUGCACCAAGUGACCAACUUACAAAUAUUUUUGAAUCUUGUGUGCGUAAUCCUAUGGAAAACAUUAUGAAAAUACUAAAAGGAAUGGGAGAGACUUUCUGCCAACAUUAUACUCAAUCAACAGAUGAACAGCCAGGAUCUCACAUAGACUUUGCUGUAAACAGACUAAAGCUGGCAGAAAUUUUGUAUUAUAAAAUACUAGAGACCGUAAUGGUUCAGGAAACACGAAGACUUCAUGGAAUGGACAUGUCAGUAAGUAAAUCCACUCUCUGCGCUACUGGCAAGGUCCAAAAGUCGUAGCCUGGAAGCGGUGUUUUGAGAGGCUCUGUAAGGCAUUGUGGGGGUCACCAAUCUAGGACACACUUGGCCAGGAUGACAUUUAGUUGACUUUAGCACAUGCAAGGCUAAUCACAUCUAGGCAGAAAUGUGAAAUAACAUAAAGUUCAUCUUUGGUACACAUCAGUGUGUUUUAAGUUUUUUGUUUUUUGUUUUUGUCCUUCAUUCCCAGCUAGUGAUCCCUCCAUCUGUUAAAACAACUGUUAGUUAAGACAUUUGUCCAUACCUUCCAAGGAUUUUGGAUUAUAAAAUGGUUGGGGGAGGCGGGGCGGUUUGUUUUGGUUCUUUAACUAUUUGACCAAGUCAGACCACUCUCUCCAAUAAGCUGUAUAAAAGAAUUUUUCUACAAAUUCAAACCUAUCAUAUGAUCUUUGUUUCCUCUUCCUUCAUUAUUUCCCUCUGCAGUCACUCUUGGAGUCUUCUAACUUUCUAUCCCAAUAGGAACAGGUUGAUGUCUUAAGGAUGCUGCGUAACUAUUGUAAUAGAAUUUCUCUUUGUGUUUACCUGGAAAUUUUUUUCAUAUAUUUUCUGUGUUGGUUUCUCUUUUUCCUGGAUUCUGUAUCUUUCUCUUUCAUAGUUUACACUAAUAAUCUUGAUGGUGCAUAC